CCCUCCAGAUUGUUACCAUUGGAAAGUGCCAUUUUAACCUUUUGUACACUUACAAUCCAUGGAAAGUAACUACCUGAACUGCCAGGCACCGUCCCUUCCAGGGCCUAUUAUAUCUCACUAUAAGGUAAAGUACGAUGAGGUAAGGUAGGCGCUCGGUGAUGCUUCAACGUCUAUCGUCUUCCACGUCCUUCCAUUCGAUGGAUUCGCGAGGAAUCAAUGACCCGAGCAAAGCAACAACGACGCGAGCCCGCAUCUCUGGAUGCCCCUCGUCAGUCAACAAGGCCCCGGUCUGCCCAUUGCCAAAUCCCUGUCCUUCAAUGCCUGAGAUGCGUCCAGCUCAUCCCGAAGAAGGACCUUGCAUGGCAACGCACCCAGCCAGCCCCCAAGCCAAACAUCUCACCCAGCAAUGUGUCCAGCUCAGCGCUUCCAACGCCAUCCCAUCCUUAUUACACCCCUCUUCAUAAUCCCCAUCUCUACCAGCCAUGAGCCCACGAAUAACUACUCUUCGGCACAGCCACACCUGCCAUAUCUGCUCUUCACAGUACUCCGUGGAAGAAACAGCACGGGUCAAUUCAUCUGCUUUUUAA